AUGAAUACAUCUGAGUCUCAUGAGAGCAAACAUGAUGCCGAGAAGCACCUUCAUCACGAUGGGGCGAAUAUGAAUGCAUGGCCGAACACACGAGACGAUGACAUCGAGCACACAAUAGAAGAAGCAGAAGAAGACCACACCACUGCCAAGGCCGAAAAGCCUACGAACACUCUCACGACCACAUUGUCGAGGACCAUAAGUCGGCGAUCCGCCGCAUCAUCAUGGCAGGACCCAGGACCUCCACCCGAGGGAGGCAUAACAGCAUGGACUCAAGUCUUCUGCGCUCAUCUAACCAUCUUUACGACUUUCGGCUUCACGACGUCUUUCGGCGUGUAUCAAACGUACUACGAAACGACUCUCGGCAUAGCACCUAGCACAAUCUCCUGGAUAGGGUCUAUGCAAAUAUUCCUUCUCUUCGGAAUAGGAACCUUCACUGGUCGCGCGACAGAUGCAGGUCUCUUCAAACAUGUCUACAUUGCCGGCGCAGUGUUCCAGAUCGUCGGGAUCUUCACCAUGGCGGAGUCGACGAAAUUGUGGCAGCUCUUCCUCUCGCAGGCAGUAUGUCUAGGCAUCGCGAAUGGGCUGCAAUUUUGUCCGGCGAUGGCACUGGUCUCGACUUACUUCGUCAAGAAGCGUGCUUUCGUGAUGGGUUUCACUGCCUUAGGAUCAUGUACAGGCGGCGUAGUCUUUCCCACCAUCGUACAGCAAUGCCUCCCCACCCUUGGCUUCCCCUGGACGAUCCGGAUUAUAGGCUUCAUCAUGCUCGUCUUCAACAUCAUCACCAUCUCCCUCUACCGUACUCGCCUCCCACCCCGAAAGAGUGGCGCGAUCGUAGACUGGGAGUCUUUCAAGGAAUUGCCUUAUGCCCUCUACUGCAUAGCUAUGUUCUUCACAUUCUGGGGUCUAUACUUUGCAUUUUUCUACGUAGGCUCCUACGGCCGCAAUGUGUUGGGAGUCAGCUAUCAACAAUCCAUCAACCUGCUCCUCACAAUCGUCUGCACGGGAUUCGUCUUUCGGCUCUUGCCAAAUUGGAUCGCGGAUCGUUUCGGAUCUCUUAAUGUUAUGAUCCCCUUUGCUUUCCUUUGCGGCAUCAUGAUGUUUGGUUGGAUCGGGAUUCACUCUACCGGGGCACUCUUUGCUUUCGCAGCUAUCUACGGAUCUGGAAGUGCGGUGGUUCAGGCGUUGUGGCCGGCGAUCAUUGGGAGUACGAGUCGGGACGGGAAUCUGAAGAAAGCGGGCGUGAGGAUGGGCAUGGCGUUUACGAUCGUGAGCUUUUCGAGCUUGACGGGGCCGCCGUUGGCUGGUGCGUUGAUACAGCAACAUGGAGGGAGCUAUACUUAUGCUAAUGUGUGGGCGGGGACAUCGUUCUUUGUUGGAGGGGCGCUGUUAAUUGCGACGAGGUGGAGUCUUGCUGGGUGGGAUCUGAAGGCGAGGAUAUAG